CUGCUGGGUUUAGUCUGUCGCCGUACGCCAGCCGACUUGCUACAAACUGCGGUACCACAAUGAGCUGUCCCUAUGCAGGAAACGGAAACGACCACGACGAUGCUGCGGUACCGCUGUCCACGGAGGUGGGCAAGAUCUACGGGGAGUACCUGAUGCUCGACAAGCUGCUGGAUGCCCAGUGCAUGCUCUCCACGGAAGACAAGCGACCGGUCCACGACGAGCAUUUGUUUAUCAUCACUCACCAGGCAUACGAACUGUGGUUCAAGCAGAUAAUCUUCGAGUUCGACUCCAUUCGCGACAUGCUCGACGCGGAGGUCAUCGACGAGACCAAAACUCUGGAGAUCGUCAAGCGACUCAAUAGGGUUGUCCUCAUACUGAAACUGCUAGUGGACCAGGUGCCCAUAUUGGAGACCAUGACGCCACUGGACUUUAUGGACUUUCGAAAGUAUCUAGCUCCGGCGUCGGGCUUUCAGUCACUCCAGUUCCGCCUGAUCGAGAACAAGCUGGGCGUUCUUACCGAGCAGCGUGUGAGAUACAACCAGAAGUACUCAGACGUCUUUGGAGGCGACGAGCAGGCUCUGAGCGCCAUCAGGAGCUCCGAAUAUGAGCCCUCGCUACUCGAGCUGGUGCAGCGAUGGCUGGAGCGGACGCCCGGUCUGGAAGAGAGCGGUUUCAACUUCUGGAAGAAGUUCCAGCAGAGCGUCGACCAGUUCCUGGCCGCCCAGGUAGAGAUCGCCAUGGAGGAGCCGGUGGAGCAGGCCAAAAACUAUCGCCUGAUGGACAUUGAGAAGCGGCGCGAGGUCUACCACUCCAUCUUCGACCCGGCCGUGCACGAGGCCCUCGUGAAGCGCGGAGAUCGCCGCUUCAGCCACCGUGCUCUCCAGGGGGCCAUCAUGAUAACCUUCUACCGCGACGAGCCGCGUUUCAGCCAGCCCCACCAGCUACUCACCCUGCUUAUGGACAUCGACUCAUUGAUCACCAAGUGGCGCUACAAUCACGUGAUCAUGGUUCAACGCAUGAUUGGAUCCCAGCAACUGGGCACCGGCGGCUCAUCCGGGUAUCAAUAUCUUCGCUCCACGCUCAGUGAUCGGUACAAAGUAUUCCUGGAUCUGUUCAACCUGUCUACGUUUCUGAUACCUCGCGAGGCGAUUCCUCCUCUCGAUGAGACUAUACGCAAGAAGCUCGUCCACAAGAGUGUCUAACGGUUGACCAAUCCUAUACAGACCCAAGAAAAAUAAAGCUUUAAGUGCAGUUUUUUGUACAUCCUCGUA